AUGUUGGUGAAGCAGCUCGUCGAAGAAAAGAUACUUUGUACUUUGCUCUUGUCCAACGUCUCUGAUGAAGUUGUUAAGAGGAUGACUGAGCGUGUUGCCGAAGCCGACGAGGAAGUCUCCAGGCUCUAUGCUCUGACCCUUAUAGAUCAGGCCAAAGCUGCCCAGGGCGCAAAGCCCCGUAGGGUGGAGUCUGAGCAAGAAAAGGAGGAUUUCGACAAAUUCAAGGAUUUCGACAUCCAGGAUCGAUUUGGUCCAGAC